AUGUCGCGCGGCCUUCGGCUACUGCUUCUGAGCUGCGCCUGCAGCCUGGUGCCCGCGGCGCGGGAGGUGAAGGUGGCCUGUUCGGAGGAUGUGGACUUGCCCUGCACUGCCCCCUGGGACCCGCAGGUCCCCUACGCGGUCUUCUGGACCAAGCUCACAAAUGGCAGUGCAGAGAGGAUGGAGGUGCCCCAGGAGUACUAUCAGCAGAGGGCCUCUUCAGGGGCCCCCAGGGAAAGGCUGUAUUCCCUGAGGAUCCAAAACACUACGAGCUGCAACUCGGGGACGUACAGCUGCACUCUGGUGGAUCCAGAAGGGCAGAGAAACCUAAGUGGCACCACGAUCUUGAAAGUGACAGGAUGCUCUAAGGGACGCAAAGAAGAGACUUUUAAGAAAUACAGAGCCGAGGUUGUCCUGCUGUUGGCUCUGGUCAUUUUCUACGUGGCACUCAUCAUUUUCACUUGCAAGUUUGCACGACAGCAGAGUAUUUUUCCAGACUUUCUUAAACCUGCCAUGGAACAUGCUUUUCUCCCAGUUACCUCCCCAAAUAAGCAUUUGGAGCCAGUGACUCACAAGACAGAACUGGUGUGA